AUGGAGAACACUACUCCAUUUCAACCUUGGGCCGUUGAAGAGAGUUCCAAAUUAGUAAAAUCAGAGAGAGAAUUAGCGGAUGACGCGAAACUUCAUCGGGAAAAUGUCAAUCAUCCAAAACAUAGGCAAAUUGCGUCUUACGAUAAAGAAACUAUCGUUGCUUCAAGUAAUAAUCCGGGACCAUCAACUUCAUCGGAAACGAGCUUGGAUCCAGUUACUGGAAAGGAAUCCAAAAUGGAUUCAGGAAAAAUAGCUUCUAUGCAACAAAUAGUUGAAAAUACCAUAAGCCAAGAUGGACGGCAAAGGGUUGCACAAUUACUGGAAGCAGUAGAAGCCCUCAGUGGUGCUGAGAGGUUGUUGUUAUAUCUCCGUUUACCAACUGGAGUUCCCCCACAUGAUCCUUUAAAACAACCUGUUAAUCCAUUAGGUUCGAGAGCAGAGCUUCAACAAACUGUCACCUGGAUACAAACACACUUGGAAGUAGAUCCAGACGUUUCUCUACCAAAACAGGAUGUCUACGAUGAAUACAUCGCUCACUGUAUGAGUAGCAAUAUGAAGCCACUAUCGACUGCCGAUUUUGGGAAAGUAAUGAAGCAGGUCUACCCAACUGUGCGGCCUAGGAGAUUAGGGACGAGAGGGAAUUCAAGGUACUGUUACGCAGGUCUUCGUAAGAAAAUUAAGCUUGAAGUCCCUCAGCUUCCUGAUUUGGGAGAGUCAUCCAAGGAAGGUCACAUCGGAACCAGCGAACACGAAAGAGUUAUAUGCGAGUGGGCGGAAUCUAAGUUAGGUGUUAAAUUCAGCAGUAUCACGGAGCUGUCCCGUCACGUCGGUCCAAUGAUGAUGAGAGCCAGACCUGGACCUUCCAGUGCCUCUCCACCGCCUAUGGCAGUACUUGUACCAUCAGAAGAAACUUCUGGCCCUCAAUUGAUGAAGCAGCUAAAACGGAAGAUACAGGGAACACCGGGAAGACCAAAGAAGAACAAAGCCCAGGAGAUCGUGGAAUCGCCCCCCUCUACCUCAUACGUGCCCUCCGUGAAGCACGAAAGCGAGAUGGACCCGUACUACCAGCAACCCUACGUUUAUGAGGUCCGUCCGCCUUUUCCCUACUCGGCUCCUCCCCGCGCCCAUCCCCCCCACGAGUAUCGGCCCGAGCCCUACUUCGAGCCCUCGUACGCCCCCCGCGACCUGUCUCUCCCCCCAGACCCGGCCCCCAAUCUUCCCAUCAACCUCAGCAGCGACGCCUCCCUCGAUCUGUCCACGGAGCGUAGCGAUUGGCAACGCCGACGCCCUCCUGACCCCCGCCUCCCCCUGCCCGGGAAGAAGCUCAUCCUCGAGACGUACCAGAACGAAACGCAGACUUCGCCCCGCUCCACACACGAGACGUACCUGCCCAAGAAGAUGCGCGCCGCCGAAAUACUCGGAAAGGCGCCGAGGCAACCCGACGCUUACGAGCCGGCCCGUCCCGAGCCUUUUUUAGAGGAUCCAAAAAACUUACCGAGCCGGUCCAAAAGCACCGCCGCGGCGCUGGCCCGGAGACAGGAGGCGGCGACUCCGAUAGGGGCGAAGGCCCCGCUUAGGACUCCCACUGACGCUACCCACGACUCUUGCUGCGGCAUCGACGGCAUCAACAUCAAGACGGGCGUCAUCUGCGGCGAGAAGCACUCCGAGAUCCUUAACCGAGAACGCGUCAUAAGCAUCUGCAACAUAGACAAACACGAUCUCGACGACUACCUCAACGAGAACAACAGCCAGGAGCACGAGGAGGAGCUCCUCAAGUACUUUCACCCGAAAGACGCGGACAGGGAGAACGCGAACCCGUCCGCUUUUUUAGAAACUAGUCAAGACGUCCCGGAUGAGCACAGUCAAGGCAAGAACGAGAAGAUUUCCCAGCUCCGCGAAUUGCUCGCGAAGAAUUUGAAGAAUCCAAGCGGGACUAACCCGGGAAAUUCGGAACCCCAAGCCCCGGCGGAAACCUUUCCAGUGAACAAAACCACCGAUGCAGACGGUUUCAAACCCGUCAGCUUAGACAAUACGGUGAGAGAAGCAAAUUUCCCCACUCAUAAUGAGAAUUUAAGCAAGCAGUGCAACUCGAUACCAAAUGGAAAUGGAAAUUCGACUCCAUACAAUUCGGAGAAUACUCCUCAGCUGAUGAAUAUGGGACCUCAUCUGUACAAUGGUAAUUGUAACAACGAACCGCAAAGUCCCACGACCAGAACUCAGCAGUACGACUUCGUUCCCAUAUCUGAUGGAUGCCAUUCACCGAGAAAUUUUAACUCCAAAUCACCUUUGGGGUUCAGUCAGAGAGUCAAUAGUCCGACAAAAGUUUCCAAGCCCGUUAUUUUGAGCGGCUCACUCCAGACGUCUCCGGUAUCCCAUAGCACCGCGGCCAGUCCUUUCGUCAGUCCCAGGAACACGCCAGUUCCCAGAUCCCGCUUAUGUUCCAGACCCAUCCCGAAACUGAACGGCCGAAAACGUCGGAAUCCCCUUACAUUGGGAAUGACCGAUCCCUGUACAAACAACAAUAGACCGUUCGCAGUUCCGAAUGACCAAAAAUUCGUGACCAAAACAGCGUGUAACACGAACGUGAAGUAUUCGCCGAUGUCCGCCCCUCCCUCACCGAACAUUCUGUCCCACUACAAAUACCAAGUGCUCCAGAACUCAGUUCCGAAUGGUGUCAAUAACGUGUGUCUGUUCGCGAAUUCCUUUCGAGAUAACGCCAACGGGGAUAGUGGCCAUCCUCUAUCCGCCGAUCCGUUAUCGAGUGAAGUGAGCCAGUUUUUUCAAGAACCAAUGGCUAACUAUCGUUCGAACCACGAUCCGACGUUCAGGUCACAAUCGGUGCCUCUGAAACAGGCGAUAAACAAUAUGACACUUCUCAGCUACAAUAACACUCCAGUGGGAUCCGUUCCACCCACUCCGGUUCCGAAUGAAUUUUGCGAUUUCGGAUCCCUAGCCGACUGUGACAUAUCGAGAGCCGGUCUAAACCCGGAGACUUUGGACAAAAUUUACGACGCAAUAGAUAGUAGUAACGAGGUACUUAACGCUGGAUCGACAACUUUACUGAACUCCAACAAUCUGACCAACGGUUGUGACCCAUUACCAGAGCAACAGAUACUGACGGAUCAGCAUUUGAACUCUUUCAUACCCAGCGGGGAGUUGUUGGAUAGAACCGGUCAGUUCACAGAUAGCUUCACGAACGAUUCAUCCAGCGAGAACGUCGAGGAAUAUUUGAAACGAACGAGCAGUAUAGAGUUUCAAAUAUCUGAACUGGAAACUGAUAAAAAUAAGUAUUAUACUUCUCGCUCGGUUCCCAGUACUCCGCUUCCGUAUAAACGUGUGCCGGAGUUGCAGAUAGAUUCACGGCGUUCGAGGGAGUUGUUCGCGGCUGAUACGUUCUCUAUGACGAACGGUUUAUCGUCCAAGUCGGUGCCGUCGACGCCGCAGAUGGUCGAAGAUAGGAGCAUCUUCAGUUAUAGCAAUAGAGAUUUUCUUAUAAAUGGAAAUUCCGUUGAGUUGUGCGGAACUAGCCAGGUUAGGACGCUGGUUGACAGCGACCAAGGUCUCACUUCUCCCUUGGACGUGUUGCGGGAGGAUAUUCUUGAUCCGUUGACGCCCGCCGCCGAUCUGUUGGCAGACUUAGAUAAGAUAGACGGAGCACCAUAUGUUGACCUGUAA